AUGGCUGGCCCUUGUGUUGCUACUAAAAUUCCACCCGAAAUUUUCAUUAAUAUUUGCCAAGAUCUUCCUCCUUCAGAUCUUCUCUCUCUUGCUCAAGUUUGUAAAAAGUUUCAUGCCUACUUAUGUUCAACUUAUUCCAAAACAACUCAAGAAAUUUGGCGCAAUUCUCGAUCUCAAUUUUUAUUGUAUGCUAAAAUGCCUCCUCCUGAUAAUAUGGAUGAACGUCUAUAUGUAAAACUCCUCUCUGAGCGUGGUUGUCAAUUUUGUAAUAAAUCGCGAAUACGAAGAAUUUAUUGGGCUUUUCGUGUUCGUUGUUGUAAAUCUUGUUUAGAUGAGAGAACAAUGAGAUUAGAUCAAAUUCGGCGUGAUUUGUUAUCAAAAUUUUCAAUUCCUGAUGAUAUUUUAUGUGGAUUGACUUAUACCACCGGAUUUUAUAAAUGGGGUUGGGAUCGAAGUCCAAAACAUCGUCCUGCAAAUCUAUAUUGGCGCGAGGAUGUUUAUCGUGUCUAUAAUGAAUACAUUAAACUUGAUUUGGAUGAAAGAAAAAGUUGGCUUCUCAACAAACGAAAGGAAGGACGACAAAGAAUGGAAGAUGUUGCCCAACGCGAGAUCGAGCAUGAGAAUGAAUAUUGGGUGAAAGCUAUGGAGAAUGAAAAAAAACGCGAAGAACGCGCUUCUACUAUUGAAACCAUGAUAAAAAAAGAGAGAAAUGAUUAUGGUUUAUUAAAAUUUAAAAUGCCUAUAGUAGAACAAUGUAUGGUUUAUAAUAAAGCCAUAAUGUCAUCAUCCACACAUACUUUUACCGAACGCGCUUGGAUUGGAUUGAAAAAUAAAUUAAUCCCAGAAUAUACAAAACUUGCUACUUCUCAUAGAACACAAAGACAGGCCGCUGAGAAACUUUUUUCUUAUGAUGUAGCUGUUCAAACUCGUCAAAUGGAUAUACUUAAAUUAAUAUUUGAUUUACCACGUCCUGAAUCCGAUCAAUCU